CAUCAGUUCUGUUAUAUCGUCAUGUUAUUAUAUUCUUAUGUUAUAUUGUCAUAUAGCAAUGCGUGGGCGGCAAAUUCCGGGGCUGAGCACGUCAUUAGCCUUGCCCCUCAUCUCCGCCAUCUACAAUUGUUUCCGACGUCAAUCUAGCAACACAAGGCUGAAAGAUCAAAGCACUACGUUAUCAACAGCCUACCUGAUUUUCACCGCCAGCUUCAUUACGGACAAAAAUGACCGAAGCUGCGGUUGCGCGCUUCUUUGCGUCGCCUCGGUUCGCUGUGGCCGGUGCCAGCAACGACCCACGCAAGUUUGGCUAUAAAAUCCUCGCAUGGUAUCACCAGCAUUCACUGCCUGUCACUCCAAUCAACCCUCGAGAUCAGAGCAUCAAGCUGCCAUCGCGCGAGUACCCGACUGCGUCGUCGCCCAAGGCCCUGCCGGAGCCAGCAGAGACCUCGCUUUCUCUCGUCACGCCACCGCCCGUAUCGCUAGCGCUGCUGAAGGAGGCGCAACAGGUUGGAAUUCAGGCGGUGUGGCUGCAGCCAGGCACGUUUGACGACGAGGUGCUUGCUUUUGCGCGGGCCAAUUUCGAGGCAGCGAUUGGCGGCGAUGGCGGUCUGGGCAGCGAGGGGUGGUGUGUGCUGGUGGACGGAGAGGAUGGACUAGAGGCUGCUGGGCGAGUGUGGAAGCAGCAGAAGCUGUAAGGGUGUACUUAAUAUUGUCGAAUGAUGAAACAUUAAGUUAUUAAACUAUUAAAUGAUCUGUGAUAUUUUUGUUA